GGAUUUGUUUUCUAUAAUGAUUAGAGGACCAGAAAAAACUCCAUAUGCUGGUGGUUUAUUUCUAUUUGAUGUCAAAAUUCCAUCCACAUAUCCAAUCAAACCUCCUUUCUGUCAUUAUUAUAGUUUUUGUGACGAACAGUUGAAUCCAAAUCUAAACGAAGAUGGAGAAGUAUGCCUUAGUCUUUUGGGUACUUGGUCUGGCCAUGGUGUUGAAUUAUGGUCACUUGAAGAUUCAAAUUUAUUACAGCUUCUAGUAUCAAUACAAGGACUGAUAUUGGUAAGUGAACCAUAUUAUAAUGAAGCUGGAUUUGAUUCCCAGCGAGGUCAGAAGCUUGCAAAAGAAAACUCUCGUGUUUACAAUGAAAUGGCUCUGAUCAAAGUAGUGCAGUCAAUGACAAAUAUGUUAAACAUGAAUAAUUCGUAA